UUUUCGGUUCGGCAACACUGCUUAUGUGCAUACAAUCGAUUUGUUGACUUCAAUGCCAUUUCGAAUUUUGACAUCAUCAAAAGAAAACAUUUCUUGUUUACUCGUAAAUUUGUGUAAAUACGCAGGAGAAAUUUGAAGAGGAACUCAAGAAGAAGGUUUUAAACGAGUCGUAGAAUGCAUGUCGCAAUAAAGAGAGAAUCGGAACCGAAGGAAACUGUUGUGAAAAAAUUCUACCCCACAGUGGAAGAAUGUAAAGUAAACAAUGUGGUGAGAUGCACGGAGGACGGUUGCAAUCAAAUUUUUCAAUGCGACUCUAAUCUACAACUGCACGUUGCGAAGACACACAAGAAAUCGUCAUUAAAUGAGUCUUGCGCUAAACAGUAUUAUUGCCCUGAACUUGGUUGCAUGUACAACAGUGACAGAUUCUUCAAUAGGAUGAAACUAUUGAGGCAGCACUAUUGGAAGGUGCACUUAGAGAAGGUUUUCAGUUGCAGCACGUGUAACAAGCUGUUUCCCACAGAAAAAUCCCUAAAGGGUCAUACAGAAUAUUGUGGUGUUGAUUUUAAAUGUGGUGAUUGUAGUGUGUCAUAUCCAUGCUACGAAACUUUGAAAACACAUGGUAGACGUAAGAAGCACAAUGUUCUUCCCAAAUCAGAAUAUAAACCUAAAGUGCAGUCAUCUUCUAGCGAUUCUCAUAUAAUAAUGAAACAGUCUAAAAAUGUGAUGAUCUUGCCAAAGAACUGUGUAAGCAUUGUUAUAAUGUUGGACCCAAGAAAUCAAGAGAGCCAGACAAUUGACAUCAAACCAAAGUUGAAAAGUAAAAUGACACAAGUCAAUAGAGACAUAGAGGCUGCCUCAUCCCAAUCCCAAAGCAGCCAGCAAACACAAACCGGCAUGAUGAACAAGCAUUUUACUGUUGAAACACAGACCAUUGGUGAUUUUGUAGUUGCAGAGAAAACCUUUGACAGCCCAUCUAUAGAUAUGAUUCCUUUGAAGAGCUCCAAAACGCAGACUGAUCUUGUCGAGUCCAGAAAUAGUUCUUGCAACACCUCUUUUGACAUGGAUGAGUUUGAAUUUAUUGAUAAAACAGAGACAAUUUCAUCGAGUACUCAAACUCAUGAAGAAUCCGGUAAUAUCUAUUCUAUCUCAACGACAACCCAUGAUUCCACACAUACGGAUACUUCCGAUUUGUUAGCUGAUACAAUGCAAAUGAAUGAUUUCCAGUUUGAUAACUGUCACAUGGAAACUCAGACAGAUUUUAUGUUUGAGGAAGGAAUGUUUGAUUGCGAUUAUAUGAGCAACAUGUACACUCAGACGUGUGAUGAUAUCCUGAAUGAAUUUGGAUUCAACAAUAUUGAGACUCAAACUGUAUUUGAAGAUAUGCUGAGGUCUGUUGAAAGUCAAACUAUGAAGACUCACAGCAGGAAAAAUGCAAUUAGCACCUGCAAGGAUAUGACUCAUAUGGAAACUCAGACUGAUGUAGAAUUUCGACAAAUGCUCGAGGUCAUAAACUCCUGACUAUAAGGAACUUUUUUUUGUUUUUUUUCUUAUGUUUCUCAUUCGAUGACAUUGUGUACAAUAUAUAUCAGAUAAUUUUGAUGUUAACUGCUAAAUUAUAUGGCUGUUUUGAAUUGAAUGUAAUGUUCUCAACAUUGAUCAAUACAUGAUUGUUAACAGAUAUUGUUUUGAUUCUAGGUAUGAUGUGAAUAUAUUAAGUGUAAUAUUAUCUAUUAAAAAAUGUUCAAAACAUUUAUAUAAAACUACUAGAUUUUAUUUCUAGGUGGUUAAGGAUGUGUUUUGUAUACGAGUAUCCAUGACGGUAGAGUGACAGCUGGUUAUCUAGUAAUAUUUAAAAAUUCCCCAUAUCGGCAAAGGACAUAUAAUUCUGAGAGAUUCGUCAAUGCCAGGUAGACAGAGCCAUUUGUUUUUGUACGCCACAGAUUCAUGUUGUACUUGCUAAAAGCUCUUUUAUUUAGAAAAGUCCAUUUGCAUACAAAAAACAAUGCUACAAGCAAAUGUUUGCUAGAUUUACACCCGAUUUAUUAUAGCCAACGUUGCAGACUAACACGAAAAUAAAAACUUGCUGUUCACCUCAGUAGACGUCAAAGCUGAUGGAUACUCGUGAAAUAGGGUAUAUUUGUUUGUCGUAAAUGAAUCUCGAAAGAGAUUCAGUGAGCAGAAGCCGAUUCAUUACCAAAAGUUUUCAGUGCUCAUCGCUGUACACUACUGUCAAAAUUGUCAACGUCAGUUAAAAAUGAAUGGAGAGUUGUGUUUGUGCCUUGUUUUUUUAUCACUAAUUUUUAGCUUAUAAAUAGAUCAUUUGAUUUUAAAAGAACAAAAUACUUAUGCGUGAACAAUAAAUAUUAGAGUACUAUUUUUGUCGAGACAUGAAAAGUUUUGAAUUCGACAGGGAUGCUGAAGAAUUAUCAGAGAAUUCGUCACAAGUGAAAGAUUUGCUAAUUGAUAAAAAUCUAAGUAAAAAGUCGCAGCUGACAAAAUUGAACAAUAUUUAUUCUUCAGAGAACAGAACUCAGGGAUAUCAGUACGUUUCAACUGAAGAUGUGCGUAGUAUAAGCCUGCCAGAUUGUGCUGCCGACAAAUCUAAUGGUACUAGUUGUAACAAUCAGAAAAAGCAGAAUGAACAUGGUAACAAUUUGAGCUUGAUCGCUACUACCGAGGCUUGGUUUAAAACUUGGCCUGAAAGAUGUGAUAAAAUAAAAACUAACGAAACAAGUCCAACAAAAACAUCCCCGAGCAAAACAACUAAACAUUGUUGUCCACACCAGCCAGAGAAUGGCAGUCCAACUAGAACAAAAUUUACAUUAAAUGAAGCCCUACAAAACAUUUCUUUAGCUUAUAGUCCAAUAACGAAACAGUUACAUUUGGUUGAGAAGACAGAUAGUGUGAAAGAAGAAUUUGAACCAAGACUAAGUAGCCCAGAUGACUCAUGCAGUAUAAAAAAAAGUGGUCACAAAAGGACAGAGGCAGGGUCUUUUUCAAGUACUGUUUCAACUUUAAGUGCUAUCAGUGAACCAUCAACAUCAGGCAGUUUGCUGGACAGUGAUGAUAGAUCUGUGUCUAGCUUUGAUACUUCAGGGACAAAACCCAGAAAAAAAAGCCUUACAAACUUCUUUUCUAAACAUGUAUUCUCAUGGAAAACACCUGAUGUAACUACCAGCAAUCCUGUAUGGAAAUUGUUUGGGAAAAGUUCAAAUUAUGCUUCUUCUCCUAUUCAUCAUGUAGCUAGUUCAUCAGCACUUAUCCAACUUGAAAGGCCGUCCACACUACCAGCAAAAACUCAAGAAGAGGAUCAAAGACAUAGAGAUGAGUACAAGGCAAUUUUAUUGGCAGCGAAAAGGAAGGAAGCUCAAACAAAUGCGGCAAAACAUAAACAGCAAAAGCUACAACUGAAACUUGAAGAACAACAAGCUGCCGCCACGAAACAUUUCACACAACAUGUUUUGCCAUAUUGGGAAGUUAUGCGCACAAACAGGAAGACGGUAGAGUUAUGGUGGCAGGGUCUGCCUUCUAGCGUGCGCGGUCGCGUCUGGAAACUAGCGAUCGGCAACGAGUUGAACGUCACGGCGCAAUUGUACGAGAUCUGCCUUUUACGGGCUCAGAAUCGGUUGAACAACACCGCAAGUCCUGAUGCGACCCCAGACUGCGACUCGAAUGGACAAAGUGACGAAUCGGGGGACCCGGAAAGCAGCAUGGACGCUAUCCGCUUGGACAUCUCUAGGACGUUCCCGCAUUUGGGCAUCUUCCAAGAGGGCGGCCCCUACUCGGAAACGCUGCACUCACUCUUGGCCGCUUAUGUUUGCUACAGGCCGGAUGUUGGAUAUGUGCAAGGCAUGUCGUACAUAGCAGCCAUAUUGAUAUUGAACAUGGAACAAUACGACGCGUUCAUUUGUUUCGCUAAUCUGCUGAACCAGCCUCUCCAUUUGUCUGCUUUUACUCUCAAUCAAAGGCACAUGCAGGCUUAUUAUGAUGCUUAUAAUCAGGUUUUUAGUUACAACUUGCCCAGGUUGUAUUCUCAUUUCGAAAGUUCUGGUCUGACGCCUGACUUGUAUCUUUUGGAUUGGAUCUACACGAUUUUCGCAAAGGCGAUGCCACUGGACGUGGCUUGCAGGGUGUGGGACGUUUUCCUGAGAGAUGGAUACGAAUUCAUAUUUAGAACAGCUUUGGGAAUUCUGCAUUUGAACCAAGAAUCGUUGAUGACGAUGGACUUUUUGCACGGCGCUCAAUUUCUGACUCGACUUCCUGACGAUUUGUCGUCCGAUCUGUUGUUCAAAAGCAUCCAGUCUGUGAACACGACAAUCGGCAAAAGGACCUUCACGCAGAUCGUUGAUAAAUGUUUAUUUUCUCUGGUUGCCAAUUUACCGCAGCAGGACGACACUUAAUGAAUGUGGAAUGAUGAUAUUUUGCCUGUUAAUGGUUUAUUUUUAUUAUAGCAGAAUAGUGCGGAAUUUUUUAUCGGGCUGGACUGGAAAAGAAAAGUUGCUCGUAAAAAAUACCAGAUCAGUGGAGUGUUUAUGUCCUUUAUAUUUACGUUAACGUUGUACCUUUUGCUCAGAAUCUCUGUUAGAAAUAAAUUUUCAAGAUGCAAUACUCACGCAAAUAUUACUUUGAACAAAAUAUCUUUAACUAAUUAUUGUGGUUUUGUGGUUAAAAUACAGGGUGCGGCAGAGAGGAUGAGCGGUUUUAAAAAAUCAUAAAAUAGUUAAUUUUUACUCGAAAACAAAUUUAUUGAUGGAAUCAGGUUCACAAGGAAAUAGCAUUUGAGACAGUCAAGUGUGGAAAAUCACAUCAGGCAUGUGCUGGCCGAAAUCGUUGAUGCAGCGCCUGAGGCGUUAUUGGAAGUUCGCGUAGACUCUCUCCAACAUCGCUCUCUCAACUUGGGCGACUUCCACGAGAAUUUCGCCCUUCAAUUCGUCCAGAGUUCGGGGCUUGUUCGCGUAUACUCAUAAACAAAAUGAGGUUCUCAUUUUGAUCGAUCAGUGCUUCCAUCUCACGUGCGAAGUUCAUUCGUUGUGCAUAAUCUCCGGGCUGUAACUGUUGCACAAUGGCCAAUUUGUAGGGGUGAAAGCGGAGAUCGAUUUGCAAAAUUCGCCUUACCGAACGAUCACUAAGG